GGGCUGGCGGCUGGAGCAGCAAGGGUUUCGGUGCAUUCGACUCUUCGCUCGGCAACAUUCCAGGAGGAGGAGAAGGGCUGGGGUUUGUGGACAAUGGCACCGGGGUGUACGGGGCCUGGAGGGAGUCAGUCCCAGAUCGGAGCGGAAGCGCGCCGCCCAGCAUGGAGGGGUCUCUGGCUGCUCUUGGCAACCUUAUAGGCCAGCGCAGUGGGAACUUCGACGCCGGUUUAGGCAGCUUGGACAACGUGACUGGCAGCUCCACGUCUGAGGAGCGGCUGCGUGCCGAUCCUGCGUACUUUGACUACUAUGGCUCCAAGGUGAACUUGAACCCGAGGCUCCCUCCUCCGAUAGUGUCAAGGGAGAGUCGCCGCUUCAUGAACCGGGUUGGCAAGGUUCAGGAGUGGAGAGUGGUUUCCCAGGAUGACAGCAGUAAGGGCUCCUUGUUUGUACCUCGAUCUACCCUACCAACUCACAAGGAAGAACCUGAAGAUGAUAAGUCUCCGACUUUGGAUUCAAGUUCUGCAGAUGACGCGCAGACGAAUCUUGUGGAUUUUGUGCAGGAGAGCUUUCAGCAGAACACAGAUUCUUUGUAUGAUAACUCUUCUUGGCAUCCAUCAAGUAGCAAUACUGGUGAUGGUGUAGAUGUCCAUGCUAAUAUUGAUUUGUCAAAGGAUUUGUUACAUGAUGUUAUCAAGCCAUCAGGGUUGAAUUCGUGGACACAUGUACCUUUGGCCAGUGGUCUGCCAAGUACAUUUAGUGACAACCUCGUGUCUACAUCUGUCCCCAUUUCAUCAUAUUCUGAUAAUAACCCAAAUGUGCAAACUUUUGAGCAACAGCAAGAAAAGCAGAGCAUAGGCAUGCAGCCUGAAAAUGAUGUUCUUGUCAGCGAAGCAGUUGUUACUGAACUUGAUGUUGUGGACUCAAAUAUGAAGAAUUUGAAGUUAAGUUUGGAUACCCAUAGCACGUCACAAGUUAAGCAGCAGUGGCAGGGCAAUUUCUUGCAGCAGUAUGGCUUCUCACCUCUAGUCCAAAGUGACCAUAUUCAAAUGACUCCUCAUGGAACACAUCUUCCCCAUGCUCCUUUUGUUGACAACUUGUCUCAUACUCAGCUAAAAUUAUCCACUGGUAACAUGCAUCAACUUCUACCUCAACCUGGUAUGACAACACCAUUUUAUGCACCAAAUUCGUUUGGAAGCCCAUACUAUCAGAAUUUGCAUCCAGCCAGUGCAUUGCCAACUCCGUAUGGAACUGCUGGAUAUGCUGUGGGUGGUUCAGGUUUGCCACCUUUUAUGACUAGCUUUUCUCCCCAGAGUUCUGUGUCGACCCCUCUCGAUAGCACUAUCAAUCCAAGCUUUAGUGGUAGGCCAUCUGGAUUUCCUUCAGCAGGGAAUCUUACUAUGGGAACAGAAUUUGUUCAGCCAUAUAAAACGUAUGGGCAACUUGGUUAUGCCAUGCAGCCACCCAUUCCCGACCCGAACUUUUUUCCGUUCUUUCAGCAUCCCUCCUUUCCACAGUAUGCCUGUGGAAAUCAAUACAGUACAUUGGCUCCAAGAGGAAGUGUUUUUGGAAAUGUUGCUGAUAAUUUUGAUCCACAAAAGGUAUUUCCUCAAGCACAAUAUCCGUCCAAUCAAAGGUUUGAACUUCCAAAAUCUGGAAUUUCUAAUUCUCCUACAGCCCUAAGAGGAGGAACUGUUCCGAAUUAUCAUGGCAUUUCACCCUAUGUUGGAGUACCAUUGACUUAUCCAACAAGCCCAGUGUUUCAGGGGCAACCUUUUCCUGGAAUUUCCCCCUCUGCUAGAAGAAAUGAUUCUGCGAGGUUUCCGUCUGCAUCAAGAGACAUGACUGCUAUUUCUGGGAUUCAAGGGCAGCGAGAAAGAGGGAAAUUUGAUAGUCCGAAGGCAUGCACUUUCCUGGAAGAACUGAAGUCCAACAGAGCACGUAGGGUUGAGCUAUCUGAUAUCACAGGUCGUAUAGUAGAAUUCAGCGCUGACCAACAUGGUAGCCGAUUCAUUCAGCAGAAGUUGGAAAACUGCACUGCCGAAGAGAAGGCAUCUGUGUUCGCAGAAGUUCUUCCUCAUGCUCCAUCAUUAAUGACUGAUGUGUUCGGAAAUUAUGUGAUUCAAAAGUUUUUUGAACAUGGAACUCCUGGGCAAAGGAGAGACCUUGCCACUAAGCUUGCUAGUCAUGUUCUACCUUUGAGCCUUCAGAUGUAUGGGUGCCGAGUAAUUCAAAAGGCUCUUGAAGUUAUGGAACUUGACCAGAAAAUAGAUCUAGUCCGUGAGCUUGAUGGAAAUAUUAUACGAUGUGUUCGUGACCAAAAUGGGAAUCAUGUUAUACAGAAGUGCAUUGAAUGUGUCCCGACAGAACAUAUUGGCUUUGUAGUAUCUGCUUUUCGGGGACAAGUUGCUAGCCUUUCAAUGCACCCAUAUGGUUGCCGUGUUAUUCAGAGAGUUUUGGAGCAUUGCGGUGGUGAUUCACAGGGCCAGUGCAUAAUAGACGAAAUAUUGCAAUCUGCUUGCAUCCUUGCGCAAGAUCAGUAUGGCAACUACGUUACACAGCAUGUUUUGGAAAAGGGAAAAAGUAGUGAAAGAGCCCAAAUUAUCAGUAAGUUGGCUGGGCAGGUUGUCACUAUGAGCCAAAAUAAGUUUGCAUCUAAUGUGGUCGAGAAGUGUUUUCAACAUGGGGAUAUUGCGGAACGAGAUCUUUUAAUCAGAGAGAUCGUGGAGCAGACUGACGGAAAUGAUUCCUUGCUGGGAAUGAUGAAGGAUCAGUAUGCAAACUAUGUUGUUCAGAAGAUACUUGAAACAUGCAACGAUGAGCAGCGGGAACUUCUGGUCAGCCGCGUAAAGGGUCAUUUGCAAGCAUUGAGGAAGUACACCUAUGGCAAACAUAUUGCGAGCCGAGUUGAGCAGCUUUGUGGUGAAGAAGGUUCCGAGUGCGACUCCUAGGUCACUGGACAAACUCUUGGUGGGUGCCUCCUCGACAUUUGCACAAAUCCAUCGGCGAGUAAGAAAUCAUAACUCGGAACUGUGGUUCUUCCAAGUGCUAACAAAACAUGGAACUCCAGCAAGGAAGAUUGUACAUAUGUGACUUGCUUUAGGUAGUUUAGGAGGUGCCAGGCACAAGGUUUAGCAGUGUGCACUAGUGUGUAUCUAUGUUAGGGUGUGCUUAUUUAUAAUGUACUAGUUGGUAGCUAGCUGUGUGCGAAAAUAUGUAUAGUAGUUGUGUGGUUUGUAUGUGUGAUACAUAUAAGUUUGACUGCUUGGUAAUGUAAAUUGCUUGCUUGCA